UUACCACAAAAGAGACAAAAAAACGAAAAAAGUGUAUUGAAUUUAAGAGAGGAUGAUAAGAUCCAACUCAAUGAGCUUCUUUCUUUGCACCAUCCUUCUUCUCUUCUUCUCUAUUCCAAGUUUCUUAUACACUUGUGCUUCUCUUACACACGGUGUCUUCCCAACCAAAGGGACGCACUUCUCGAAUUCAAAAACGAGUUUGAGCUUCGCAACCCUCCUAAGUUUCUUAAUGAGUCUAUACUUGAUGGUAGUCUGACGUGGGCUGAUGCCACUUCCUAUCCAAAGACAAAAUCAUGGGCUAAUAAGAGUGAUUGUUGUUCUUGGGACGGUAUCACUUGUGAUGCAAAGUCCGGUGAGGUGAUUGGGAUAGACCUUAGUUGCAGCUGUCUCUAUGGCCAUUUCAAACCCAAUAGCAGUCUUUUUAGGUUGCGACAACUCCGAAAUCUAAACCUUGCUUACAAUAAUUUCAAUGCCUCUCCAGUCCCAACUAGGCUCAACAAACUCAUGGAGUUAGAAAGACUUAACUUCUCUCACUCUUCGUUUUCAGGUCAGAUUCCACCAGAGAUUCUUCAUCUUACCAAGUUGGUAUCUCUCGAUCUUUCUUCUUCUUUUACGUUUUUUUUCAGAAUCUGUCAAGUGCCCGGUUGGUUAUCGAGGCUACCAGAGUUGUAUCAUGUUAAUCUUUCCAACAACAGAUUCAGCGGUUUCAAAGAAUUCCCAAAAGAUCUCUCGAGAAUGCAGAUGAAGGUGAUAAAUCUGAGCAAAAAUAACCUACAAGUGCUGAUCCUCCGCUCUAAUGAGUUUCAUGGGUCAUUACAGUAUCAUCCCCGAGUUGCUUCUUGGUUUCCUCAGCUGCGAGUCAUUGACAUAUCACAUAAUAAUGCCUUCACGGGAACUUUACCGUCUGAGUUCUUCAUGUAUUGGAGUGCGAUGCACUCGGAGGGAGAUCGUUCGGAAUUGAAGUACAUUGGAGACUAUAGUUAUUACCAGGACUCAAUGGUCUUCACAAAUAAAGGAAUAGAGAUGCGCUACGACAGGAUCCUUACAGUCUUCACAGCAAUUGAUCUCUCAAAAGGUCUUAUCGUGCUUAAUCUGUCAAGCAACGGCUUCACUGGCAACAUCCCUUCAUCUAUGGCGAAUUUCACUCAGCUCGAGUCACUAGACCUAUCGCACAACAAGCUCUCAGGCCAGAUACCUCCUGAUCUCGCGCACCUUACCAACUUACCAACAAAUCCAACCUAUCAUUCACAUAGGACUUUGUGGUCUUCCUCUCGAUGAGUGUGGAACUGUCCAUGACCCGCUACAUUCACGACAAGAAGAUGAAGAUAAUGAAGAAGAGGAAGAAGAAUUCGUGAGCUGGAUUGCAGCUGCCAUAGGUUUCACACCUGGAAUCGUGCUUGGAUUGACCAUUGGAUACUUCAUGCUCUCCUGCAAACCGCAUUGGUUCUCCAUGGUGUUCAACAUCAACAAUCAGAGACGAAGAAGAACUCGUUAGCUCGUUUAUGAGGUACUCUUUUCAUUAAAAUUUCUUAGCAUUUCCCUUACAUCGAUGCAGUCGCUAGAGUUGAAUUUUGUUUUUCUCAUCCUUGUUCACUUUGAUUUAACAAAAGAGAUCUGCUAAUAAGAAACCCUAAUUUAGGGAAUUCAAGACAUUCGAGAAGAUGGAAUAAUGGGGGAAGGAAGAAGAAGAUCGAUCGUUAAGUGCAUUCAGAAUUGGACUUA